GUGGUUACAGUAUUAGUAGGUUUGAGUAGCGGAAAUGCAAUAUUGCAUGAUUAUGGGGAUGCCCUUGCAAAAAGCAUAUUGUUUUUUGAGGGGCAAAGGUCAGGCAAGCUUCCCGCUACUCAGCGUUUAACAUGGAGGAGAGACUCGGCACUUGGCGACGGUCUCGAUAAUGGUGUAGACUUAACAGGUGGGUACUACGACGCGGGCGACAAUGUGAAGUUCAAUUUUCCGAUGGCAUUCUCAACGACGAUGAUGGCGUGGGGAGUAAUCGAAUACGGCAAGUCCAUGGGCCCAGAGCUGGAGCAUGCGGUGGAGGCAGUGCGGUGGUCGACGGACUACUUCCUGAAAGCCACCGCCACUCCCGGCGUGGUUUAUGCUCAGCUGGGAGACCCCAACGCCGAUCACAACUGUUGGGAGAGGCCAGAAGACAUGGACACUCCUCGUACGGUGUAUGCGGUCACUCAGAACGCACCUGGAUCCGAAGUAUCGGCUGAGAUAGCCGCUGCGCUGGCCGCCUCGUCUUCGGUUUUCAAAGCUUUCGGAGAUAAGCUGUACGCUAAAGUGCUCCUCAAAAGGGCCUCCGAGGUAUUUGAGUUUGCAGACAAGUAUAGAGGCUCUUACAACGACAGUAUUGCUGGAGGAGCCUGCCCUUUUUAUUGUGAUUACAGUGGCUAUCAGGAUGAAUUGUUGUGGGGGGCAGCAUGGCUAUACAAAGCUAGCAAAAAAUCAGUUUACUUGAAUUAUGUGAUGCAAAACAUCAUAAACUUCAAACCACAGAUUGAAGCAGGCAUCUCAGAAUUUGGAUGGGAUGCAAAACAUGCUGGAAUCAGUGUUCUUAUUUCAAAAUUGGUGCUAAAUAACACCAUGGAAACUUCUACACCUUUUCUCUCCUAUUCGGACACCUUUAUCUGUUCACUACUGCCAGACUCUCCCACCAAUAUCGUCCAAUUCUCUCCAGGAGGGCUUCUAGUAAGACAAGGAGUUUGUAACUUGCAACAUGCAACCGGGGUCUCAUUUCUCGUACUAGUAUAUGCUCGUUACCUGAAGAAAUCGAAGCAUGUCAUUCGAUGCAACGAUAAAAUCAUCACUCAAAAGAUGCUCGUUGGUUUCACAAAAAAGCAGGUGGACUAUAUACUGGGAAGCAAUCCAUUGAGCAUGUCGUACAUGGUGGGAUACGGCAGUAAGUUUCCACGGAGAAUACACCACAGGGCGUCCUCGCUGCCUUCGGUGGCUCAGCAUCCAGGCCACAUAGCCUGCAAGGAUGGAACGCCUUAUUUCAUGAGCGACGACGCCAAUCCCAAUGAGCUCACAGGGGCAGUGGUCGGAGGCCCCAACGUGGACGACUCCUUUUCUGAUGAUCGCCUCGACUCCACCAAAUCCGAGCCCGCCACUUAUAUCAAUGCACCACUUCUCGGACUAUUGGCUUAUUUCAAGUCGCGUUCUUCACCCUGA